AUGACUGGAAAUGCGGAGUUAAUUGAAAUCCUCGUUUCUCAUGGUGCUGACCUAAAGGCUUAUGAUUUUGUUCGUUAUACAGCUUUACAUUGUGCUGCAUAUUUUGGUCAUGAAAUGGCUGUUAAAGAAUUGAUAGCUGCUGGAGCCGAUCCAAAUGCUUGUGGAAGUGUGCAUGACAGACCAAUUCAUAUUUCGGCUGGAAAGGCAAAUCCCUGCAUAUUGAAGGCAUUCCUAGCUGUUGGAGCCGAUCCAACACUUGAAGACGAUGAAGGGAAUACUUCCCUCCAUUUUGCUGCCAAAACAGGCCAUAGUUCUUCAAUUGGUCUUUUAUUAUCAAAAGCAGGGGAAAGAGAAGAAAUUAAAAGACAAUUUGCUCUUAAAACAAAUAUUUACGGGGACACCGCUUUACAUUCUGCUUGUUAUAUGGGUAGAACAGAUGCAGCCAAACAAUUAUUAAAUACAAUUGGAAGUGAAGUCCUUAGCAUGGUAAAAUUAUUUGAAUUAAUUAAAUUGAAUUUUGUGAAGGAAAAUUUGUUUUCUGAAACACCCUUAAUGGCUGCAUGCACAGCUGGAAGGUUUGAAUUAGUUUGUUUUUUAAUGCGUCAACCAGAAGUGGACCCAAAUCAUCAGGCACAAGACGGACAUACUGGUAGGAAAAUUGAGAAAUUUUUGGGAAAAUUGUUCAUAGAGUCAAGUGAAGGAGAGAAAUUCUCUUUACGGAGAAUUUAUUAG